CACAUAAUGCCUCCCUUGGAAACAUGAACCGAACACAUCCGUUCCGUUCUCUUCAACUGUUUCCGCUUUCAACAUGGACACCGCUUGCGAGAGGCGGUGAGGCUAUAAAGGAAGCGUGUAGACUGGGAGAGAUUCAAAGGCAGACUGCUUGUAACAUAACAGUCCUCUGCAGUCAUGUCUGUUGAAGUCGCCAUGAAAGGUUUAGCCGUUGUGGCAGUCCGCGGCCCCGGUGAUGGCAUGGAGACAGACAAACCGGCGAUGGCCCCUGAGAUCUCUGCGGAGGCCCCGCUCUUGAAGAUCGCCACUCCAAAGCUCAGUCCCAGGGCCACUGUCACAUCACAGCAGUCACCGGGGGUUUUACACCUGGGGAAGGUGAGCAGAGAUGCAUGCAUAGAGGUGGAGGCUGUGAGGAUCGUGGUUCCCCGGUCCGCUAUCACCCGCAGCGCACGCACAGGGCUUCACACUGAGGGUAAGGGUGAUGAGAGAGGGUCACCUCAGCAUGGGGAUGAGCGCCCACCUUCACCCUCUUCUGAACCCAUGGAUUACAGGUGUGCGCUGGAGAAACUGCAGAACUCGGAACGGCGUCUGCUGCAGGAUAAAGAGGGACUCUCAAACCAGCUGCGUGUGCAGACAGAGGUCAACAGAGAGCUGAAGAAGCUGCUGGUGGCAUCAGUUGGUGAUGAUCUCCAGUAUCACUUUGAGCGGCUCGCACGAGAGAAAAACCAGCUGAUCCUGGAAAACGAGGCUCUGGGACGAAACCUUGCACACACCGCCGAGCAGCUGGAGCGCAUGAGCAUUCAGUGUGACGUCUGGAGGAGCAAAUUCCUCGCCAGCAGGGUGAUGGCAGAGGAACUGACCAAUGCCAGAGCAGCUCUACAUCGUCAGACCAGAGAUGCUCAAUGUGCCAUUCAAGAUCUACUGAGAGAGAGAGAUGAGUUCUCCAGAGAUAUGAUGCACACACACAGGUCUCUGGAGCAGCUGCUGGUCUCGUUGCAGUGGGGUCGACAGCAGACGUAUUAUCCCAGCGCACAGCCGCUUAGCACCGGUGAACUCGCGGUAGCCAAUCACAAACUCGCUGAUGCCAUCAACUCUCAUCUGUUGGGCAAUGUGAGCAGCACUAGUGUAAAGAAAAUGCAGAAUUCAGAACUCUGCAACACACCAGCUGAGAAGAUGGCAGAGAAGGUCCUCAGGAGUCUGGACCCUAUAUCCUGCUCUGAAAAGGAAGGUGACGCAUCCACAUCUGACCCGGUACAUUCUCCAUUCCUGCCCAAUAAGAAAAGCAUCGGCCGAUUUCACCCAUACACCCGCUAUGAGAACAUCACCUUCAACUGCUGUGAACGCUGUAACGGAGAACUCAUUGUGCUAUAGAUCAGAUGUACUGCGGGUCAAACUAUAUUAUAAAUGGUCAGAACAACUCAUAGAUCAACAUUAAACUCUAUUUGACUGACACUCAAAGUUCAUAUUUUUACUUUUACCUUCUGCCUGAGAUUUUCUAAACUAAAGCAUUUGUUUGUUUUAUAGUUACUGAUCAAAGGUAUGAUGGAAAAUGGAUUUUGCAAUACGCUCCAUAAUGUUAGAGUACUGAAACAGUUAUCAUUCAGUAUUAUUCGUUGCAUUCUGAGUUCUAUCUGCUAAUUAUCUUCUCAUUAGAUCAAAUCUUAUGAACCACAUGAUGUCUUACUUUUAUUACCUAUUUUCACCAUAAUACCAAAGAAAAAUCACUCAAGACACCCAGUAACUUCUCAUUCGCACAUCCGGUGCACCUGUGGAGCUUUGAAUGCAUCCCAGAUGUUUACAACUUUCUUUCUUUUGCAGAACACAAAUGAAGAUUUUUAGAAGAAUAUUUCAGCUCUGUUGAUCCAUAUAAUGCAAGUGAAUGGCAUCCAAAACUUUGAAGCUGAAAAAGCACAUAAAGGCAGCAUAAAAUAAAUCUGUAUGACUCUAGUGGUUAAAUCCUUGUCUUCUGAAGCGUUAUGAUAGGUGUGGAUGAGAAACAGAUCAAUAUUUAAGUCCUUUGUAACUGUAAUUCUCCUCCCUGCCCAAUAGGUGGUGAUAUGCAUGAAGAUUAUUGCUUCUGAAGACAUUUAUUUAACCGCUGGAGUUGUAUGGAUUACUUUUAUGCUGCCUUUAUGUGCUUUCUGGAGCUUCAAAGUUUUGGACACCAUUCACUUGCAUUGUAUGGCUCAACAGAUCUGAAAUAUUCUUCUAAAAAUCUUCAUUUGUGCUCUGCAGAAGAAAGUCGUAAACACCUGGAAUGCCACAAGGGUGAGUAAAUGAGAAUGUCAAAUGUCAUAAAUGGAUGGCAACGUGUAUUUGACACUGAAAAAAUAUUUGAGAAUCUUAGAUCAGAGCAAUUUAGCUGUAAAGAUUUAUUUAAAUUGACAGUUCUCCCCAAAAUUACAAUUUUGUCAUUUACUUACAAUGUUUACUCAUUUAGUUCCAAACCAGACUUACUUUUUUCCAUGAAACAUUAAAGGAGAUGUUUAGCAGAAUGUUCAAGUUGCUCUUUACAAUACAAUACAAUGAAAGCAGACAGUGUCUAGAGAUUGCCAAGCUCAUAAAAGGACAUAAUUUAAGUAUCAUUAAAGUAGUCCAUAUGAUUUGUCUGAGUCGUCGAUCCAAAUUUGAGUUGUUACUCACUGAAAGCUUUACUAUUGUUUGGAAAAGAGCAGCGUGAACAUUCUGCUGAACAUUUCCUUUUGUGUUCCACAGAAGAAAGUAAAAUCAUACGGGUUUAAAACAACAUGAGGAUGAGUAAAUGAUGACACAAUUUUCAUUUUUUGGGGGGUGAACGAUCCCGUUAAAUUGUUUGUGUUGAGUUAUCUUGUGAUUUGCUGAUUCAAUCUUGUAAAAUUUAAAGCAUUUAGAUUUAAUAUUGGAAAGAUGCUGAGACUGUUUAUCUUCCAUAUAUCUGUUAUGCAUAUUGCUUUGUUUUGUACAAAUUCGGCUUAUGAGCUUGUUUAUCUGACUAUGCCAUAGGAUGUAUUUAUACUGUAGUGUUUGGAGACAUUGUUUCGGGUUAAUUAUUCUCACUCGUUGAGUGAACAUGGACGAUGCAGUGAAUUCAGUUGCGCAGUAUUGUGGAUGUGUAUGUUUGCAGUUGCACUGGAGUUGCAGUUUAACAUGUUUGAUACUUUAAGCAUCUCAUCAGCUGAACUUUAUCUUUCUGUAUUUGACGAUGAGGCAACAAAUUUUUUUUUUUUUUUUGUCUGCAAAUUAGUGUUUAAAAUCUUUUUAAAAGCAUUUUAGUAAUAUUUUCUCUACAAUAUUCUUUUCAAAUGACCAAAAUAAAUUUUCCAGAGUCAAACAGA